CCGUUCCGCUUUAUGUCUCAGAUUUUUCAGGGUUGAAAUCUAUUGUGAGUCUUAACAUAUCAGGAAAUUCAUUUCAGGGUUCUGUUACAGAUGUUUUUGUGUUAAAGUUGGAGGUUUUGGACCUUAGCAGAAACCAAUUUCAAGGUCACAUUUCUCAGGUUGGUGUUGUUUCUGAUUAUGACUUGUCUAAAGCAGAAAACAAUGAUGGGUCAGCCUAAUCAAACUAUACCUACUGAAUAUGUCAUGAAUGAAGUUGGUUCAACAGCAACAACUGAAGUUGUUGGAGCAGAAUUAGUUAAUACCCAACCUACAAAGAAGAGGAAAGCUAGUGCAAGUGGUUCUAGGCAAUCAUCUGCUUGUUGGGAGCACUUUAUUAGAUUACCAGAUGACUUAGUUGAUACACCAACUGCAGCUUGUAAACACUGCCACAAAAAAUACCUAUGUGACCCUAGGACUCAUGGCACCACCAACAUGAACCAUCACAUUCUAAAAUGUGCAAAGAAGCCUAGAACCAUUGAUCCUACCCAAACUAUUCUGACAUACCCCUCUGCAGAAGGAUCUAGUUUGGGUCAUGUUAGCUCCAAAUUUGACAAGCAAGCUUGUAGAAAAGCUUUGUCAAUUUUUGUGGUUCUAGAUGAACAACCAUUUAGUGCAGUUGAGGGGGAAGGUUUUAAGUACUAUUCUAAAGUAAUGCAGCCCCAGUUUACUCUCCCAUCUAGGCGUACAGUAGCUAGAGACUGUUUUCAGCUACACUUGGAUGAGAAAUAA